AUGAUGACUAAUCAGGAUGGGACCAUGAUACCAAUUGAAACUCCCAUUGGAAAAUUCAAUGUUUGGACAAAACGCUUUGGAGACAAUCCGAGAAUAAAAGUAUUGCUGUUACACGGUGGUCCAGCUGGUACAUGCGAAUUUUUUGAAUGCUUCGAAAAGUUUUUUCUCGAAGAAGGAAUUGAAUUUUAUUAUUAUAAUCAACUUGGUUCCUUCUUGAGCGACCAACCGACUGACACUAAUCUUUGGACAAUCGAACGUUUUGUCGAUGAAGUUGAACAAGUCAGAAAAGCACUUGGACUCAAUCACGACAGUUUUUAUCUGCUUGGUCACAGUUGGGGCGGUCUAUUGGCGAUUGAAUAUGCAUUAUUAUAUCAACAUAAUCUGAAGGGUUUGAUCAUCAGUAAUAUGAUGAGUAGUUGCGUAGAUUACGACAAAUAUGCUCAAAAUGUUCUCGCAAAACAAAUGGAUCCCGACAUAUUGGCAUCGAUUAGAGAAAUAGAAUCGAAGAAUGAUUAUAACAAUCCCAAAUAUGUGGAACUAUUGAUGCCGAACUUUUAUAUGAAACACUUGUGCCGAUUGGAUCCUUGGCCUGACGUGUUAAAUCGUGCGGUGCAACAUUUUAAUAGUGAAAUUUAUAGGUUGAUGCAAGGCUCUUCAGAAUUUGGAGUAUCGGGAAGAAUUAAAGAUUGGACUAGGAAAGAUGAUUUGUCAAAAAUAGCAGUACCAACACUAAUGAUUGGCGCAAUAUAUGAUACAAUGGAUCCAGAACAUGUGAAAUGGAUGGCAACACAAGUACAAAAUGGAUCGAACUUGAUUUGUCCAAAUGGUAGUCAUUGUUGUAUGUGGGAUGAUCAACAAUAUUAUUUCUCUGGGCUCAUCAAGUUUCUUCAACGAGUAGACAGUGGCGAGAAAACAUUAGAUUGA